CCAGCCUCCAGUGCUUUCACCCAUCAUAUUAAUCACCCGAGUCAGACUGAGCCUCAUUUACAAAGGGGAGCAUGGCUUAACUAAACAUCUUCUCCAUAAAAUAAAUGCUUCCAGGUUACUCCCCGCUGCAGGUUUCAUUCAAAGGAGCAUCUGAUUCCAAUUACAAGGAAUGCUAUAGGAAGCAGCGCGCCUCGUCAAAAAGAAAAAACCAUGGCAACGGUAGAGGAGCUCAGUACCGAAAUGAGCAUCACAGGGUUUAGUCUCUUUUCCAUCUUGGUGGUUAUGAUGCUGCCCAGGAGCUCGUCCUCAGGUGCCGCUGACAUAAGAGCUGUGAAUCCCUGUUGCUACUACCCUUGUCAGAACAGAGGUGUGUGCGUGCGAUUCGGCACUGACAGCUACGACUGUGACUGCACCAACACAGGCUUCUAUGGAGAAAACUGCACCACUCCUGAGUUCUGGACCCAAAUCCGUAUGAUGCUGAAGCCCAGCCCUGCAGCGGUUCAUUUUCUUCUGACACAUUUCCAGUGGUUCUGGAGCAUCGUCAACAACUCUUUCCUGCGUGACACCUUCAUGAGAAUAGUGCUGACUGUACGAAACGAACUCAUUCCCAGCCCUCCAACCUACAACACCAAGUACGGUUACAUCAGUUGGGAAUCCUACUAUAACCUCUCUUACUACACCCGCCUCCUACCUCCUGUCCCUGAAGACUGCCCGUUGCCAAUGGGAACCAAAGGUAAACCUGUUCUUCCUGAUGCUAAGGAGGUUAGUGAGAGAUUUUUAAAAAGAAGGGAAUUCCGACCGGAUCCUCAGGGAACCAAUCUGAUGUUUGCCUUCAUGGCUCAACACUUCACCCACCAGUUCUUCAAGGGUCACAAAGUCGAGGCAGGCUUCACCAAGGCUUUGGGACAUGGGGUAGAUGCAAGCAACAUAUAUGGAGAAGAACUUGAGAGACAGCAUCAGCUUCGACUUCAUAAGGAUGGAAAGCUAAGAUAUCAGAUGAUAAAUGGGGAGAUGUACCCUCCAAGUGUAUCAGAGGUCCCAGUGCACAUGGUGUACCCUGAAGGUUUCCCUCCUGAACAACGUCUCGCCAUCGGUCAGGAGGUGUUCGGUCUCAUACCAGGCCUGACCUUGUAUGCCACUAUCUGGCUCAGGGAACACAACAGAGUGUGUGACAUCUUGAAGGGUGAACAUCCAACCUGGGAUGAUGAGCAGCUUUUCCAGACCACCAGACUUAUUAUUAUUGGUGAGAUCAUCAAUAUUAUAAUAGAGGAGUAUGUGCAGCACCUGAGCGGCUACUACCUCAAGCUGAAGUAUGACCCCUCCCUGCUCUUUCGUGAGCGCUUCCAGUACACUAAUCGCAUUGCCCUGGAGUUCUCUCUUCUCUACCACUGGCACCCACUAAUGCCGGACAGCUUUCUCAUCGAUGGGGAUGAAAUCCCAUACUCCCAGUUUUUGUACAACACCUCUAUCAUGAUGCAUUAUGGCGUGGAAAAGCUGGUGGAUGCUUUCUCUCGACAGCCUGCAGGACAGAUAGGCGGGGGCCGCAACAUUCACCAAGUGGUGCUCAGAGUGGCAGAAAAGGUCAUCACAGACUCAAGAACUGCACGCCUGCAGCCUUUCAAUCAGUACAGAAAAAGGUUUAACCUGAAGCCCUACUCAUCCUUUUAUGAAUUGACAGGUGAUGAAGAAAUCGCUAAAGGGUUAGAGGAACUAUAUGGAGACAUAGAUGCCCUGGAAUUUUAUCCUGCCCUCCUGCUGGAGAAAACACGACCUAACUCCAUAUUUGGAGAGAGUAUGGUGGAGAUGGGCGCCCCGUUCUCCCUGAAAGGCUUACUUGGAAACCCCAUCAACUCCCCUGAGUACUGGAAGCCUAGUACCUUCGGAGGCCAGACGGGCUUCAACAUCAUCAAAACGUCCACUCUAAAGAAACUGGUUUGUCUGAACACCAAGUGGUGUCCAUACGUGGAUUUCCAUAUCCCACGAAAUGAGGAAGAAGCAAAAUCGAGGAAGCCAUCCACUGAACUUUGAAGACUAACCAUCUGCUGAAAAAUACUAGUUUUAAGCUAAAGAUUCAAAGGCAUAGAAAUCUGCCUAAGACAGAUGGGUAGCACUGCACAGAGCCACAUGCACUGUGUGAUAACAUUGGAAAGAUAAUAAAUGCAUACAAUAAUAAAAGUGAUAUCAAAAUCAUUUAUUGUGAUGUUUUAUUGGAAAAUGUAAGUUCAAGAGCAUUGUGUUAUUAAUAGAAAAUAAAUAAAGA